AUGGCUACUGUAUCCCGUCUAGGGUUGAAAUAUGUUCUUCACCCUCAACCAUACAACGUUUCUUGGGUUGACACCUCUUCUAUAGCUGUCAAGGGGCGUUGUUUAGUCCCUAUCCAAUUUCUCGAGAAUAAGGACCAUAUAUGGUGUGACGUCAUUUUAAUGGAUGUCGGGCAGAUCAUCUUGGGACGACCUUGGUUAUUUGACCUAGAUGUAACCAUUUAUGGUCGAUCUAAUUCCUGCUCCUGCGUGUUUAACGGAAAGAAGAUUCACCUUAACCCUCUGCUCCCAAAGCCUGUUGGCCCACUGGAAACGAAGAAGAGUGUAGAACGAAAGGGAUUGCAUAUCAUUAGUCCUACGAAGUUUGAGCGUACACUUGUUGGUGACUCAAUUGUGUUCGCAUUGGUGGUCAUGGAGGUUUCAUCCCACUCCACAAUAGAGAGCCCUGUUGAAGUCCAGUCGAUCCUCCAAGAGUUUCGAGAUGUCUUUCUGGAGGACCUACCCGAUCAUCAACCUCCUCUACGGGAUAUUCAACAUGCCAUAGAUUUCGUCCCAGGGGCAUCCCUUUCAAAUGUGCCUCAUUAUAUGAUGAAUCCUACCGAGCACGCUGAACUUCAAAGCUAA